AUGGCUUGGCCGAUCGACUCUACUGUGAAGCUCGUGCUCGGGAUUUUAGGCAAUGUAACAGCUCUCGCACUCUUCCUUUCCCCUGUCAAGACCAUGCGCACGAUCCUUCUCGCGCGGUCAGUCGGAGACUUUUCGGAGCUGCCCUACGUGGUGACGCUGUUCAACUGCCUGCUGUGGACGACGUACGGGCUGCCCGUGGUGGAAUCGGGGCGAGUGCUCGUGUCCACCGUCAACGGCACCGGCGCCUUCCUUGCUGCGCUCUACACCAUCCCCUUCCUCGCUCUCGCCACCAGACGCACCAAGAUCCGCACGGCGGUCUUACUGGGCGUGGUGCUGCUGCUCUUCGGCGCCAUUCUGCUCGCCACCUUCCUCGCCUUCCACACGCCAGCCACGCGCAGCAGCUUCCUGGGGAUCUGCGCCGUGGUGGUGACUAUAGGCAUGUAUGCCAGCCCGCUCGAUGUCAUGCGCACCGUCGUGCGCACCAAGAGUGUGGAGUUCAUGCCGCUGCUGCUCUCGCUCUGCUGCUUCCUCAAUGGCCUCGCCUGGACAGCAUAUGGAGUAUACACCAUGGACAUUUAUAUCAUUAUACCUAACUCCAUUGCACCAGCGCACCCACCUGCCAGCAGCAGCAGCAGCAGCAGCAGCAGCAGAAGAAGUGCAGUUUCCGCAUUAUCCGCCUUCCCAUCCCCCAUGGACGUGUCGCACCUAGCCUCCACCCUCGCCGCUGCCAUCCCCGCCGCCUAUCCCCCCCACGCGCACGCCUCCCCCGUCUCCCCGGCCUUCUCCCCGCCAAUGCUCUCCCCGCGCUCGCCUGAAGUCAGUCCGCGGGGCAGCCGGCUCAAAGUGACGGCGGAUAUCAUUAUAGCGCGUACAAUCGACUCUGUCCUGGACCUCUCCUUCCCUUACGGCUCUGCUGCUGCUUCCCCCUCCAGAGUAGGAGCAGCCGCGGACGCGGACAGCAGCAGCCCCACAGCAGGGGAGGCAGAUACGCCCAAAAUAGGCCGGCCGGGGUCGCUGUGGGGGGGCGGCAAGGGGAGGAAAGGCGCGGUGUUCCCGGCGCUGCUGGUGGACGUGCCAGAUAGCAGCAAGUCGCCCACAGGCGUGGGGCGUUCCUUCGCAGCAGAUGCAGCGGUGCACUCUCCUGUGCCCAGUUCGUCCACCCCACCCGGCCCCCCUGCAUCCACACCCUCGUCCACCUCCUCCUCCAACCCCAGCCCUCUUGGCUUCACCUUCACACCAACGUCAGCACCAACACCAGUGGCAGCAGCAGCAGCCGCAGCAGCAGCAGCAGCACGAUCAGACGCAGGUGGCCCAUCCUCUCUCUCGCUCCCCACCACCCCUCCCCCGGCACUCUCUCCUUCCCUCACCAAACCCCACGCCCCGCUCUCCCCAUCCUUCCCAUCCCCUCUCGCCCACUCCCCGCACGCCUCCCUGUCUCCCACCUCCCUAGCAGCAACCUUCGCAGCCACCAGGGAAGCCACGCCUUCCGCCAUCUGCCGAUCCCCCAUCGCUUCCCCUCUCAACUCCCCCGGCCCCUCCCACUCCCCCGCCCUCACGCCCUCGCGCCGCCACCUACCGCCCUUCCCCGAGCCACCCAUGGUACCCUCUCUCUUCUCCGCUAUGGAUAAGCUUCUCUCUGUGUCCACAGGAGCAGCAGACCUCCAGGCCUCGCCGCUUCCCUCCCCCCUUGCCUCGCCUGCUCUCUCCCCCCUCCCUGCGUCUGCCUGGCCCCCUGCCCUGUCCCCUGGCCCCUCCCCUGGCCCGUCCCCAGGCCCCUCCCCGGUUCCCUCGCCUCUGUCUGCCAGUGCAAGGACCGGCGCUCUGCCAUCCUUGUUUGGCCGUGGCGCCUUCCCUAGUGGGGCCGGUGGUGGCACGGGCAGUGAGGCGGGCAGCGGGGCGGGCGUGAUGGGCAAUGGCAUGGAUGGCAUGUCGGGGGGGUUGCCAUGGCUGGGGUUGGGGUUGGGCCCUGGGACAGGGUCGGGGUCAGGGUCAAGCAGUAGUCCUGGCAAGGCGCGCACGCUGCUAGGCCUGGUGGAGCCAGGGGAGGAGCCUGCAGCAGGGCAUGGAGAGGAGAGCGGCAGGGUGAGUGCGGAGCAGGCCUCUGCUGCCGGCCAUGGCAAUGGCUUGCCCGGGGAUGGAGUGCAAGGGGACCAGCUUCCAGUGCACAACCACCAGCAACAGCCUGGGGACCACCCAACGCAGCAGCCGCAGCAACAGCAGCAGCCGCACCAGCAUGAGCUGCAGCAGCCGCAGCUGCAGCCACAGCAACAGCAACAACCGCAACAGCAGCAGCAGCAGCCACAGCAGCAGCAACAAACGCAGCUGCAGCAGCAGAAGCAGCAGGCAGCGCCACUGGUGAUAAACGUGGCACCGCUGGACGCACUGUCUGCAGCGGGGCGAGUCACUUUUGACGGGCCGCUCGUGGGCGGGCUGGACGAGCCCCUGCACCUGCCCAGCUUCACCAGCGGCGCCCUGCCCUGGCAGCGCAAGAAGAGCCCCCCUCCCUUUGCUGCCGGUGCUCGUGCACUGGAGGCGCUGAGGCGAGCAGAGGGGGCACAUGCUGCUGCUGCUGGGACUGCUGUUGGGACUGCUGCUGGGGCUGAGGCUGCUGGGGCGGGUGGUGAGAGCAUGGCAGGUGAUGGUGUUGAUGAGGACGGGUUUCUGCUGUCCUCGUCUGCUCUGCCUUGGGGUGCGUCCGCAGGGGCUGCAGCAACAGGAGGAGGAGGGGGAGCAGGAACUGGAAGGGGAGGGGUGGGUGGAUGGACGGUGGAACGAUUGGUGGUGGAGAGGGAGAGGGAAGAGGACGGGGAGGUGGAGCAUGCAAGCAGAGAUGUGAAUAGCGCUGGCGUGGGUAGCAGUGCUGUUGGUGCUGCUGCUGGUGCUUCUGGUGCUGGUGGUGAUGCCAGGGAUGACGGCGCUGGUGCUGCUACGAGCAGCAGUGCUCUGGAUGGCUCGUUUGACUCCUUUGACUUGCUCUUUGGUGCCUCUGCAGGGGUGCUUCUGCCACCCUUGCCUGCAGCAGCAAGCCUCACCCAGCAGCACCCGCCCCACUCCACACCGCCCCCUCCCCAUCCCCUUCCUCCCUCACCCCGUCCCCCCUCGCCUCCUCUCCGCUCAUCACCCCGUCGCCCACCAGCUUCCCCCACAGGGCCUUCCCCCGCUCAGCCACCUGCUCCUCCCUGCCCCUCCACUGCUUCUCCCUCCACAGCCCCAGCGCUGCUAUCCCGCCCCGCACUCGCACGCUACCACACCAUGCCGGCAGCGCAAAUGGCGCAUCUCCCCAUGCCCGCCCUUGCCCCCAUGCACUCCUUCUUCGACUCGUCUGGUAACCCUGUAACCCUGGAGGAGCUGUUUCAGCAAACCCGGCUGUCAGGGGUUGUCCCGGUGGUAUCACCCCUGCCGUCCCCACUCGUCUCCCCAGCACUUAGCUCGCCUGCCACUGCUGCCCCAUCCCCUAUAGCUGCUUCCCCCGCUGCCGCUUCACCCGCUGCUGCUGCUGGUGCCAGCACCUCUGGUUUCAUCUCCCCUGUGCUUUUCUCGCCCGUGCUGCUAUCCCCAGCCAUGUCCCCGGGUGUGUCGCCUCCAGUACCUCCUCCCACUCCUGCCAAGCCCUCUGUGACUCUUCUUGGCCUCGUCCCUUCCUCCUCUUCCGCCUCCUCCCCUUCCCUCUCCAAGCAUCAGCCUUCCCCUCCUCCAUCCGCUUCCUUGCCGUCCCUAUUCUCCUCCUCCUCCUCCUCCUCCUCCUCCUCCUCCUCCUCCUCCUCCUCCUCCUCCUCCUCCUCCUCCUCCUCCUCCUCCUCCUCCUCCUCCUCCUCCUCCUCCCUCUCCUCCUCCUCCUCCUCCCCCUCCCCCUCCACCACCACCGCACCCCCUCCCACCAACCCCUCCCUCUCACCAACCCCACCAUUCCACCACCUAAUCCCAACCCCUCCUCCUCCCCGUUCCCCUUCCGCGCACGACCCGCGCUCCCCACGCCACAUGGUGACACACAGCAGUCCACACUCACCCAGGCACGGCUGGCACUCGCCGCUCCCUCCAAUCACCCACCCUCAAGACUCCUUCACUCUCCCCCACCACCUCUCUGGCACCAGCCCCAUGCACUCUGUGCAGAGCCCCUCGCGCCCGCGCUCCCCCGUGCCGCCCUCUCCCCGUGUGCUGCGCCAAGUCGCCGCUUCUAACAGUUUCAACAGCAGCAGCCCCCGUGCUGCCUCUGCUGCUGCCGCUGCUGCUGCUGCUGCUGCGGCGGCGGCGGCGGCUGUGGCGGCUGCUGCUGCUACAGAGCCUGCUGUCGCUGCAUCAAGUGGGUUUUCAGGUGGUGGAGGGUUGGAAGAGGCACCUCCUCUCUCCCAACUAGACGUGCUCGUUGCUCUCUCUGCCGGCGCUCUCCCUGUCAUGCCCACUCACGCCUCUCCCACCGCUUCCAUUUCUCCCGCCACCACUCCCGACCGCUUCUCACCCACAUGGCCCGCAACAGCAGCGCACAGCCCUUCCACUCCUGGCGUCGCUGCAGCAGCAAUCAACCACAGCGAGUCACCUGGGGCAGGCCCUCGCACCCCUGUGAGUAUAUUCAGCACAGCAGGACCAGGUGCAGCGACUGGCAGCACAGGCAGUCCCAGGCACGGCCGCCCCAUGCGCACGCUGCUAGGCCUGGUGGAGGUGCGCGAGGAGGAGCCGCCUAAGUCCCCCCGCAGCGCCAACCCCUCCCCUCGCAGCCGCCACAUACGGCGCCACAGCAUGCCCAGCGCCAAGAGCAACCUCGGCGCUGCUGGUAGCUAUGGUGCGGAUGGGGCAGGGGGAGGGGGUGGGGGAGGAGGGACGGGUUCAGUGCCUGCUGCUGCUCCUGAGGCUUCUCCCCAGGGUGAUGCUGUUGGUGCUGCUGCCAGUGCUGGUCCUGGUACUACUGAUGCUACUGCUGCUCCUGCUGCUGCCCCUAGUGCUGCUUCCUCACUCGCCUUACCACUAGAUCGGCAGCAGCAGCAGCAGCAGCAGCAGGCGCUGCAGCAGCGGCAGCGGCAGCAGCAGCAGGACCAAGGGUACGCUGCAGUGGGGCUGACCCAUCUGGGUCCGUUGCAUGGGGGCGGGGAGGAGGAGCAGCAGUUUCACCUGCAACUUCCCAACUUUAAGACCGCUCGCCCUCCAUUCCUACGCGACUCUGCCUCCCCUGCUGCUCACAGCCCUGCUUCUCCUGCUGCUGCUGCUGCUGCUGCUGCUGCUGCUGCUCAGAAUGAGCACGUGUUGCUGCCAUCAGGGCUAGGGGCAGAGAGGGAAGGUGGGGGGAGUGUUGGCGGGGAUAUGGGGAGACGGAGAGUGGGGGAUACAGGCGGGGGAGAUGGGUCGAAGGGAGUGGUGCAGCUGGCAGAAGCAGGAGAUGCAGCUGCUGUGGCGGCUGUAGCGUCUGCUGGGGCUGUGGCUACAGGUGUGUCAGCCGACAGUGGGAAAGCUGCUGCUGCUGCUGCUGCUGCUGUUGUCGCUUCUUUAGUAGUGAUACCUGUGGUUUCAGGAGGAGAACGAGAAGCAGCAGCAUCAGCAGCAGCAGGAGCGGAGGCCGGAGCAGCAGCAGGAGGAGGAGGAGCAGGAGGCGCAGGAGCAGGUGCUUUGAGCAGAGUACACGUUUCAAAGGAGAGUGCAAGUGGGGCAGGUGCGGGCGGACCAAGCGGGUCAAGCGGGGUGUCAGGGCCGGAGGAGGCGCGGCGGAUACUGGCUCUGCUGCAGCGACUGCGAGAGCCGCUGGAGGCAGCACGGGGCAAGCUGCAGGCGGGCAGUGCGGAGGCUGUGGCUGUGGAGGAGGCUGCCCGCGCUGUUGAGGGGGACCUGCUCCGCUUGCUGGGGGAAGCGGGAGAAGGGGAGGGAGGAGGGCGGGAAGAGGGAGGGCAGGGGCGAGCGGAGCAGGAGAGAGGAGAGCAGGGGGAAGGGGAUGUGAGGGUUCGUGGUGGGGAUGGGGAGGGGGUUGUGGUGGAGGGAGAGGGGGAGGAGGUGGAGAUGAGAGUGGGUGGAUUGGGGGAUGGAAGGAGGGAUGAGGGAAAGGUGGAGAGAGGGGAGGGGAGAGCAGGGGAGGGGGUUGCAGCAGGGGGGAUUUGUGAACAGGAUAUCGCCCCAAGAGCCUCUUCCAAGGAUGGUGCCGCGGAUGCUGCUCCUGCUGCUGCGUCUGCUCCCGUGCUACCAUCAGCAGCAGCAAAAGCAGGAGCAGAAGAAGCAGAAGAAGCAGCAGCAGGAGCAGUAGAAGCAGAGAGGCAGGUCUUGAGAAAUUCUGACAGUGGUGAGGUGGAUGAGGCGUUGGAGGGAGCUAUGAGAGACAGCGGGGCACAGGAGGGGGUGGUUUCAGAGAGGGGAGGAGAGCAAGGGGUGGGGAAGGAGGGCGUGUGGUUGAAAUUGGCGGGAGAGGAAGAGGAGGAAGGCUGCGGGAGUGGUGGGGCGAGGAGUGGUAAGGCGAGGAGUGGUGAGAAGGAACGUGAGGGGCAGGGGCCGUGGGAUGGAGGGGAGAGAGCAGCGGCGAGUGGGGGAGGUGGGGGAGGGGCGGCGGGAGUAGGAUCAGAAGCAGGGCGGAGAGAGCAGCAGUCAGCAGCUGUAAAGUUGCCAUGGCUUGCAGUGGAUCCGGUAGGGCCUCGUCCUGUGUUGGCAGGUGGUAAGAUGAGAGAGGUGGAGCUGUCUUUUAAGGAGAGCUUGAGCCGGGAAGAUAAAGGGAUGCAUGAUGGUGGUGGUGAGGCGCAGGGUCGUGAUUAUGGUGAUGGUGACAAUCACCCGCGUUCUUAUCACCAGCGCCAGCAGCCGCAAGAGCAGCAGCAGCAGCAGCAGCAGCCGCAGCAGCAGAAGGAGCAGAAUGAGCAGAAGGAAGUGCAGCAGCAGGCGCAUAAGAAGAUGCAUAGGCAUCAGUCGAGUGAGGGCGUUUCCGCACUGGAGCUGCAAGCAGCGCUGCAGCAGGUGGUGAACCUGGGAGCAGCCAUGGACGGUGCAACACGCGGGGGAGGAGGACGAGGAGGACGAGGAGGAGGAGGAGGAGAAAGAGGAGGAGGCGGAGCGAAAGGCAAGGAGGAGAGCACUGGGAGGAGGGGCAGGGAUGGGGAGGCUGGUAAAGGGACUGGAACGAUUAAGCUGGAGCAUAUUGAUGGGAGCGAGCAUGCAUCAGACAGCGCUAGCAGCAGCGGUACCCACAAGGGUUCUCAACACAGGGGCGGUGCAUCUGGUGAUGCCGCUGCUGGUCUUGACGCUGCCUUUGCUGCUGCGGGUAACGCUGCUGGAUCAGCUGGUGCUGGCGGCAGUGCGAGGAGUGGUGGCCUGCACAGUGACGUGUGGCCGCUGGCAAACGCCAAGCACACUCGCUUCAAGGGGGGCAGUGUGGGCAGCAGUGGGGUGGGCAGCCGAACAGGCAGUGCCAUGGGCAGCGCGGUAGGAAGCGGGGCAGGCAGUGGUGCAGGCAGUGGCAUGGGGAGUGCAGCAGACUCUGGGGCUGACUCUGGUGUGGACACAGCAAGGCAGCAGCACCGCCUGAGGCUGCACAAGAGGGAGAAGGAGCGUGCGGGUAGCAUUGUGGGCGGCAGCAGCAGCAGCACUGGUGGUGGAGCGGUGGCAAGGGGUGGAGUGGUGUCGAUGACGGUGGAGGGCGGUAAGGUGGUGGUGUCUGGCACUCUCAAGUACACACGAGAGGUGCGGCAACCCAGGAGUGCUGGCAGGGCGGAGAAGGGCAAGGGCAGAAAGUACCGGCUGUCACGGCUGGGGAAUGUGGUGGAGGGUGGUGGUGGGAGUGAGCAGACGAGUGGGGUGAAUAGUGGGAUGGGGAGUGAGGGAGUGAGUGAGGUUGGGAGUGAGGGAGUGAGUGAGGGAGGGAGUGAGGUGGUUAUGAUGCAGAGAGGGAGGCGAGGGAAGGGCCGGAGCAGGAGCAGGGAGAGUGGAGGCACAAAUGGGUCACUAGGUGGCAGUGGGAAUGUUAGUGGGAGUGGGAGUGCGAGUGGGAGUGGGUGGAGCAGCAGAGGAGUAGAGGCAGGAGAGAGGAGAAGGAAGGGAAAGAGCAGGAUGGGGUUAGCGGCAGAGAGCGGUUCAGUGGGGUCAACAGGGAGUGCAGCAGGAGGGGGUGAAGGAGAGGGAGCAACUGGGGAAGGGAGUGGGAGAGGAAGGGGAAGAGGGAGGGUGAGAGGGAAGGGGAGAGGAAGCGGUGGAGAGGCAUUAGGUGCAGCAGCAGCAGCAGCAGCAGCAGUAGAAGCAGAAGCAGAGGCAGUGGGAAGGGCAGGCAGGGUGUCUACUGGGAUCGAUAGCGUGGGGGCAGUGCAGCAGGCACGGAGUGAAGAGGGCGUGCGGAGCGAGGGCAAGGGGCAGGGGGAUGGGGAGGGGCAGGAGGAGGAGGGGUGGCAUGGGGGUGGUGGAGCGUGCAGCAAUGACAGCAGCAGCAGUGAGGAUGUGUUCUACGAGGCGAGAGAGGCUGUGAGCUCGCCAGGGUCUGUGGGUGGAUCAGCAUCGCUGUCACUGUCAGCAUCGGACGAUGAGGGCAUGUGGAGCUGCACCUCCUCUGCUCGCAUGCUCAACGCCCCCACUUCUCUGCACUUCCCUCCCUCCGCUACCUCUGCUUCUCCUCCUGCAACUGUUGCCGCUGCCGUGGGUGCCGGUGGUGGUGGCGCUGCCGCUGGUGGUGCUGCCUUUGGUGGGGGUGCGGGUUCGGGGUUUGGUGGUUUUGGUGCGGGCAGUGGCAGCAGCAGCGGCGGCGGAGCAGCAGUGAAUGCGCGGCGCCGUGCCGCAGCGAUCUCAGCGCUGAGAGCAGCUGCUCUGGAAGGGCAGCUGCAGCAGUCGAACCACUCCAAGCGAGCAAUGGCAGGGCUGGGAGGAAUGGGAGGGGAUGGUGGAGGGAGCUGGGGAGGAGGGGCUGCAGGAGUUGGGUUCGGGGGAGUGGGUGGGAGAGGGGUGGGGAUGCGAGGAGCAGUGGGGGAAGGCCUGGGGGAGGAUAUGCUAUCAGGCCCGCCUGCGGCCGUGUUUGGGCGGAGCAGCAGUGGGUUAGGCAGCACAGGAGGAGGAGCAGGCACAGGGCUGUCUCCCGUACACUUGAACAUGGGUAUGGGUAUGGGCAUGGGCAUGGGCAUGGGAGUGAAUAGAGCAGCUAGUCCGGGUGCUGUCUCGAUACCCUCCCCAGGCCUAUCGGGUCCUUCCUGGCAGCUUCUCUCUUUCCCUGAAGACCUGGCUACAGGUUCCCGCCCCUCCUCCUCCUCACACACUCUCACCCCGCAGUCCGCCUCUCGCACCCCCUCUGCCCUGGCCCCUGGCGUGGCGGAUUUCCUUUGGGGAUCCGGCAGUUUCCGGGGUGUGUUAGAGGGCCCGGGACUUUUCCACUGGGGUUCCGGCAGUAGUACGAGCAGAGGCGGGUGGACGGCAGGGGGAGAGGGGGGAACGGGGGGAGGAGGAGGCGGGGAGGGGAUUGGCGGAGGGGACCGGGGCGGGGGAAGCAGCGGGGGGAGAGCGGGGCUGGGGAGUGGAGGCGGGGGGAGUAGAGGCGGCACGGGGGGGAGCGGGGGGGGGAGCAUAGGGCGGCUGGGGAGUGGGGGGGGGCGCAGCAGCGGGAGCGGCAGCGGGGGAUCGACAGGGUCAGGGUACCGAUUCGCAGUGCCGAUACAGCGAGCUGUGGCAGAGACAGAUGACUACGAGGAGGGGCAGGUGUGCCCUCUGUCGCGCUCCAAUAGUGCAAAUCUGGAUGUGCUGUUGCAUGGCAUGCACUCGGGACACUCUGUGCCGUCCCCGUGGGAUAGUGGGGACAUGGAUGGCGUUGUGGAUGGGCCAGGAGAGGGUGCUGCUCGUGGGGAUGGUGGGGAUGGUGGGGAUGGUGGGGAUGGUGGGGAUGGUGGGGAUGGUGGGGAUGGUGGGGAUGGUGCGGCUGGUGGGGUGAGUGGGGUGGGUUCAGGAGCAGCGGCAGACGUGCGUGUAGGGGUGGAAGGGGUGGGUGAAAGUGAGGGAGUUGGGGAGGAGAGGAGGGAGGGGGAGACCGAGGGGCUGAGGAGGGGAGGUGGGGCGGAGGAGGGGAGUGGAGUGGGAGUGGCAGGGAGGGUGGGUGGCGAGGGUGGGAGUGGCACAGAGGGUGAAGGGAAGGAGGGAGAGCAGGGAGGUGCAGGGAGACAGGACGUGCAGGUCGGUGGGCGUGGUGGUGGUGCUGGUGCUGGUGGCGGAGGAGAAAACGAGGUGCAGGAGGGUGCAGAUACGGAGAGUGAGUCAGUGACUUCCAUUCCACCCAAUGCUGCUGCUGUCGCUUCUGCUGCUCCUCCUGCCCCUCCGGGUGCUCUAAGUGCAGUUGCAGCUGCUGCUAGCAAAGCUGACAGUAACCUGGGUAAGCUGGUAGGUGAGGGAGGAGGAGGAGGAGGACGAGGAGUAGGAGGAGGGGGUGAUAUACCAGAAGAGGAAUGUGCAGCAGCAAGCACAGGUGCAGGACCCGACGGCGAGAGCCCAAACCAUCCAUCUGCCGAGCCUGGGGAAGGAGCAAGGGCAGGCGCAGGAGUCAGCAUACCGUCAAUUUCAUCACUCACACCCACCCAGCCCUCCCCUCAUCCAUCCCGCCAGCCGCUCACCCAACCAAUGGCGCAGCCUCAAUCCCAGCCCAUCUCGCAGCCUGUGCCUCCACCUGUGGCGCGGCCUCAAAGCCCGCCAUCGCACCAGCGCCCGCUGUCUCCUCUCAGGCACCACCAGCACCGCCUGCAGCCGUCGCUGCUGGGUCGCCGCCCUGCCUCCCCCCACACCGCGCCUGCUGCUGUGGGCCUCGCCUCCCCUGCUGCCCCGCAGCAUCAGCUGUCCACCGCUCUGGCUUCCUCUUCGUCUCCUUCUCAUUCCCCUGCAUUCUCUGCUGCUCCUUUGGACGAUUUUCCUGCGGUGGUGGUGCCUCAACGGGGGGGUUUGGAUCGUGGUGGGUUUGCUGCCUCUGCCUCUGCUUCCUCGCCCUCCUCGCCGCACCUCACCUCUCCUGCGUCGCCUGCUUCUCCUGCCUCCCCGGCCUCUCCUGCUCCUGCUGACAGCAGCACCAUCUGUGCGCCUUCACCUGCUUUUGCUCCAAGAGCAGUGAACCCAACAGCUUCACCCAUUCACUCUUGGAUCGCUGCUACCACGUCCGCUGCUGCUAAUGCCAACCACACCGCCACCCGCCCCACCACCGCCACCGCCACCACCACCACCAGCACUGCCACGAGCACUGGUUCCCCCUUGACGCCUUCUCUCGCUGCAUCAGUCGCCCCUGCUGAUGCCCCAGACACAGAAUACCCCACGCCAGAUGUCCCUGCAGGCGCAGCAGCAGGCAUGAGCGAACGCACGCCCUCCUCACCACCCACUGCAUCGCUCUCAACAGCAUCCGCGGCAGCGCCAACAGCAGCAGCAGCAGCAGCAGCGGCGGCAGCGGCAGCGGCAGCAGACAUGGGGCUGAGUCUUGGGGGAGACAUUGUCAAGGAUACGCGCGUCGCUGCACGCAUUCUGGAGCAGCAGCAGCAGCAGCAGCAAGGGGGGGCGGUACCGGUCCGCGCGUGGUCUAACAGCAGCAGGGUCAGCAACAGCAGUGAUGCUCAUGGGGCUUCUCCUGCUGUCAUUGCUGUGACUGCUGCAACUGUUGCUGGCGCUGCUGUUGCCUCUGGGGCUAGCGAUGGGGCUCUUGGGUUGGCGAGCAACCCUCCUCUGCUGGUGCUUCGUGCUGCCAGUGCUUCUGGGUCGGAGCCUGCGCCCCUGCAACCGCCCUCGGUGCUUAGGUACGUAGAAGCCGAGAGCGUGGGUGCUGCUGCAGCUUAUAACGCAGCAGCCAGUAUGGGGUACGCACCGCCUGUGGGCAGCAACGUGGGCGUGGGUGGCAGUGCAAGCACAGGUGCAGGUGCAAGGACAGGGAAUGCUCACACAGGCAUGAUGAGGACACCCUCUGCUUCCUCUGCCACUCCCAGCAGCGACAGUACCGGGAGCAGUGUGAGGGGCCCUGGGGGCGUGGCAGGCAUAGUGGCGCGCACAAGAAUCGGCGGCAGUGGCAGGAGAAGCAAUGCUGCUGCUGCUGCUGUUGGUGCCGGCAGUGCGGGAGGGACUGGAGGGGGUGUAUCACCGUUCGGGUCCUCCCCAGCAACGGAAGGUGCCAGCGAUGCAGACACUCUGGCAGACCAAGAGGAUGCGACUUCUGUGCUGCGCUUCUCCAAGUCUGCGGACGGGCUGACAAUGUCGGCCACAGAGAGAGCCGAGCAGAGAGGGAAAGCUUGUGCGUCGAAUCCCUCCCUUUUCCCUCGAGUCUCGGUGACGUCACUCGGGGUGUCGUCCCCGCCACCCGCUCCGCUCGCGUCGUCGUCGCUCGACCGGCACAGGCGGCGGCAGCGGGCCGUGCUGGACUGGGGGAGCAGCGUCGCGGGAGCGGCGGCGAGCAGCAACAUGUCGCGGCCAAUGGCGCUGGGGCUCGUGCUGCUCGUGCUCUUCCUCACGUCGCAGUCCGAAUGGCGGUCGUCGCGCUCCCACAUGGACGCCGCCGCGUCCGCCGCGUCGAAGCAGAUGCGCGUGGAGAAGCACCGGGAUGGCGUGAAGGAGAAGAUCAUCAUGGAUCUAAUGGCGGAGAACAAGCGUCUGGAGGCGGAGAGGGAGCGGCUUCGGCGCGUGGUGGAGGAGAUGCAACGGCGCCUGGUGGCGUGCUGCCAUGCCAACCCGCACCUCGACACCUUCGACCCCACCACUCUCAGGCCCUCCUCUCGCCUCUCCCCGCAGACUCUAGAUGACCGCUUCCUCUCCUCCUCUUCUUCCUCCUCCUUCCCCUCCUCUUCCUCCUCCUUCUCCUCCUCCUCUGCCUCUUCGUCUUCCUCAGGGGAGAUGAACGGGGGAAGAGGAGGGGGGUGUUCGUUGGAACGAGUGGCAGAGGAAGGGGACAGGGCAAAGACAUGGCUGUGA